AUGAAUUCCGAAAAAACUGAUGAGUUCAACAACCUUUUUGGUGAAGAAAAGAACGUACUGAGAGGCUCGGACAAUCCGCUCAAUUUCCAUUCUGGCGAUACCAAUGUUACCCCCAACAUUCUGCUGGAGCAGCUCGCAUAUGUCGACAACUUUAUGCCAGAUUUCGAAAGUGACAUGGCGUCGCUUGGUGGGCCAGCACACGAUGCAGAUGUCCCAAACCUUGGCCUAGGCCUGGACGAACGGCUGGCCGCAGAACUCAGCGCCUUUGCAGACGAAACCUUCAUAUUCCCAGACGAGGACAAACCGGUGGACAGAGGGGACAACGACGGAGAGAAUUAUAACGAUGACAGCGCCGACCAGUUUGAUCAGCCGCUGCACGACCAAGACCGAAUCCCCGGAGCUUCUUCAUCAGCUUCUGCGUCGGCUUCAAGUCACAACCUUCAAUCAUUAACAAAUGCCAGCGAGAGCCAUCCAGGAGUGGAUGCGUCGGAUCUACUCACUUUUCAAAACCGGAGCUCCAGAUUUUUGUCUCAGCGGCGCAACAAUUUUUUAGCUUCUCAGCACGACACUCGUCUACGAUUUUCGUCUAAAAACCAUCAACGCGACACUACUCGAUCUCCCUCCGAUGACCACGGCAGUUUCACUAAUGUCGAUAUAACCGAAGGCUCAUCUCAACCGAUCGGUCAGCCAAAUUUCACAUACGUGAACUCACCUCUCAAUAACCUGGUCACAGAUUCUAACCCCCAGACAAUAGAGAUGCUAUCAAAUGGCUCAAAUACACCUUAUUCAUCACAGCUUCAUCGUCAAAGUAGUCAGCUCCAACCAGAGCCUCGCAGAGAUGCUCCGCUUUCUCAAGUGCCUUCGCACAUCCACAUGCCCGAUUAUUCGUCAAUACCGACACGAACGCUAUUAACAUUGCUGCCGAAGGCAAGAGUACCGACUGGAGCACGAAACGCUUUAAGUGCUGCGGGAUUGCAAGCUGAGGAAAUUGACUCGAUAGCCGCUAUUAUGGCGUAUCAUCAGUUGCACAACAAGCCUGAUUCAUCUGGCGACCUUUCACUUUCCAACGUGAGAGAGCUACUAUCGAGUGAAACUGGCGCUAACUUUCUACUGCCGUUUCUUACCAAUGAUAACAAACCAGCGCGACAGAAUGAGCCUAGUCAGGCCGUGAAUACAAGGCUUGAGAAGUCCCAAUCGUCUCUCAAUCAAAAUAACCGCGAAAUUGCGGCCGACCACCUUUUCCGCAGCUUCUUUAAUGCUGAUGGCGAAAAACCCCACACAGAUACAUUAGGAGGUGAAGUGAACCGCAGACCUUUUUCGAGCCAUACGCAGAGACCUUCGAGCGGUUCUUUGCCGACAGAAAAGGAACCCAUGACCUUGGGACAAGAACGGCGUAAUUCUAGGCAGCUGAGUAGCGACCGCAGUGACAGCGGUUCUGGUCUCAUAGAUAAGCGGGCCAAAUCGCAUCCAAAACGCAAGUUAAAGGAACAGGAAAUGGAGGGCUCAAUUCAAGAGCUCAGUGAAUUAGCUUUGAGUUUGCAGCAGCGCAUACAAACGUUGGAAAUGGAGAACAGACUCCUUAAGAACUUGGUAACGGAAAGAGGGGAGUUGAAGGGAGUUGAGGAGGUCGAAAACGUUCGGCGAGAGCUUUUGCGCAAGAUAAAGGAGGAUAGCAAUAAGCCACCAGGUAAAGAGGACACGAAAUUCGGCUGA